UUUCUUUAAGUUAGAUUUUAUUUAAAAAUAACAUUGUAUUUUAAGCUUUUUUUGUCUUGCUGAAUAAAUGCUCAUGAAUAAUUUUCAUCAGACAACAGUUGAAACUCCCACUAAGAGCACCAACAUCAUCAUCAGUUAAGAUUCUUUUGCUAUUGGCAUAAUAUCUUGUGGCCCUUUCCAAAAUUAAUGUUAACUUCUUUUUGUGGUGGCAGCAAUUAAUUUUUUUUAUAUGGUGAAUUUAAAAAUAAUUGCUCAAAACUAUGACUACAGAUAGAAAGGGACUAGAUUAUUUGGAAGGUGAGUCAGUCUUCCUGCUUUUAUUCCUUUGCAGAACUUGUUUGUCAGGUCUGGAAAAAGAGGCAAAUGGCUGUGUUUAUAGUUAUUGUUGGUUUUUAAGAUGCCCUGAAAAAUUUAUCAGACACCUGCUAACUAAACUGAUUAGUCACAGGCUGAUACAAAAGAUUUGUGGGGGAAGAGGUCACUGGUGAGUUCCAGGAACAACACCUGGCUGACCAGACCAGCCCCACAGUUGCUGGGAUUAGAAAAGAUUCUUGGAAAUCUGCCAGGGAGUUGUCUGUGGACCCUCUUGGGAGCUUAGUCUUUAUCAAACUUGGGCUAGUAGGUGUUUGUUUGAAGUCAAUCUCUCUUCCUUCCUUCAGCCAACUGGAAAGCAGAGAAGCUUUCUCUUGUAGAACUUCAGUCCAGAACCUCCUGGCAGAAUGCCUCUGAUCCUUUUCCCUUAACAAUGCUUCUUUUUAUGUCUUCCACCCCACUGAAUAGCUUCAGUACCUGCCUCUGCGGCUCAUGGCUUUCCCAAGAAGCCAAAGAGUGAAAUUACAUGAUUCUUCUCUCUUCAAAGCAGCAGUGAAACAGACCAGAAUCUUGCUAACUUCACUCUGCUACUCCUUGACAAAGCUAUGAAUAACAGCAGAAGCACCCCGGCGAUACUGCAGGAGAAGAGGCUGGGUGAGAUCCACACUAAUUAUGUCAGUCCCACAAACCAGUACCUCCAAGGGGAAAGUGAUGCUUAAAGAAUACAGUGGACGCAAAAUUGAAGCUGAGCACAUUUUCAAGUGGAUAACAGCCCAUGCAGCUUCUCGGAUCAAAACUGUCUACAACUCUGAACAUUUAAAAGAAGAAUGGAACAAAAGUGACCAGUAUCGGGUGAAAAUAUACCUGUUUGCUAACCUUGACCAGCCUCCAGCUUUCUUUUCUGCACUAAGUGUAAAAUUUACUGGAAGAGUUGAGUUUAUUUUUGUGAAUGUAGAAAACUGGGAUAACAAGAGUCAUAUGGCAGAGAUUGGUAUCUAUAAGACACCAUCCUACAUACUUAGAACUCCAGAGGGAAUUUACAGGUAUGGGAAUAACACUGGUGAAUUUAUAUCCCUACGGGCCAUGGAUUCCUUCUUGCGCUCAAUACAACCUGAAGUUAAUGACUUAUUUGUUUUAAGCUUAGUAUUGGUUAAUCUGAUGGCUUGGAUGGACCUAUUUAUCACACAAGGUGCUACUAUAAAGCGUUUUGUGGUUCUUAUAAGCACUUUAGGGACGUAUAAUUCUCUCUUAAUUAUUUCUUGGCUACCUGUGUUGGGCUUUUUGCAGUUACCUUACUUAGAUAGCUUUUAUGAGUAUAGUUUAAAACUCUUCAGGUAUUCUAAUACAACUACUCUGGCUUCGUGGGUGAGAGCUGACUGGAUGUUCUACUCCUCACACCCAGCCCUGUUCCUCAGCACUUACCUGGGUCAUGGCUUACUAGUAGAUUACUUUGAGAAAAAAAGACGACGGAACAACAAUGAUGAAAUAAAUGCCAAUAACUUGGAAUGGCUGUCAAGUCUGUGGGACUGGUACACCAGCUACUUGUUCCACCCAAUUGCUUCUUUUCAACACUUCCCCUAUGAAUCAGAUUGGGACGACGAGCCAGAUUUGUUCUUAGAGCGAUUAGCUUUCCCUGAUUUAUGGCUUCACCCUCUGAUACCAACUGAUUAUAUAAAAAGUUUGCCAAUGUGGCGGUUUAAAUGUCUUGGCAUCCAUUCUGAAGAGGAAAUGUUGGAAGCCUCUCAAGAAAGUGAAAGUGACUCAGACAGUGAAAGCAAAGAUGUCUUGAGUGGUGAAAAAGAAGUAUCUGAGGAUGAGCUAAGUACAGUUCACAGUCCCAGUGAAGGAGAGUCUCAGUGCAAUGCUGAGAUCUGUUCAUGUGCCAAUAAAAAUUGUCAUAACGAGCCGUAUGAAAGGAAAGCGAGGUCGUAUGGAUCAUAUAGCACUACAGAAGACCUGGAACCAGAUUGGUCAGCCUGGCCCUCCAAUAUGUUGCACUGUACGGAAUGUGUUGUGUGUCUAGAGAAUUUUGAAAAUGGAUGUCUGCUAAUGGGCUUACCGUGUGGUCAUGUGUUUCAUCAGAAUUGCAUCGUGAUGUGGUUAGCUGGGGGGCGACAUUGCUGCCCAGUUUGUAGAUGGGCUUCUUAUAAGAAAAAGCAGCCAUAUACACAUCAUCAGCCUUUGUCAAAUGAUACCCCAUCUUAGCUGUGUACUCAUGUCCUUUGUAAGCUUUCAGUAUAUUACAGCUUGCCUUUUAAAUGUUAGUCACUUAAAGAUUUUGUGGUUUGAAGUUUUAGUUUAAAUGUUAGUGCAGUGAACUAUAAUAUACAUGAUGGUAAUGUUAAUGACAGAAUCAUUUGGUUGCCUUGUAUGUUGAAACUGAAUGCAUAUUUACGAUACAAUUAAUUAUUUUUUCCUUUACAACACUUGGAAAUUUAAUGCAGUUUUUGUAAGCACAAAGAUCAAGCCUACAACAAAAGUGUAUUCCAGCAAAAGUUUACAAGUUAGGGUUUGGGUGAACAUUUGAAAUUCUAAUCUGAGAUAAUUGCAUAAUUUGAGUUUCUUCUUUUAGAGUCUGCUCAGCACACCUUUGUUGAAUAAUGUAUGUUAUAUGACAGUACCAUUUAAAAAUAAAUCCGUAAAAUAAAUUAUUUUAAAAGGA